AUGCGACGAGCAUUCAUUCUGUUCCACAAGUCCACCAAAGUCACCACCAGCAUGACGACGUCGACCAAGGCCUCGAGCUCCAGCACCUCCUCGCGGCCAUCGACCUCGUCAUCGGCACUUCCUGGUCCCCUCUGCCUCGUCCAACCUCAACUGGCGCACCUCAUCUCCCUCUAUCCCUUCACAUCUGUUCCCUCGAAUACUCUUCCUCUCCUCUCCGAGAUCACCCACCACUACCUCCAGCUCAUCACUCGCCUGGCAGCUCACAAUGCACGACAUGCUGGAAGAACACAUCUCGUCGUAUGGGACAUCAUGGCCGCCUUGGCCGAGGUCGGGUCGAGGGGCGUCGACGAUCUCAUGGCCGGGUGGAUGGCUCCACCUGCUGAGAGCGAGGCGGCCGUUGUCAGAAAAGAUUGGCAGGAGAGAAUUGAGCAAGGGUGGAGGGAUGAGGAGGCAAAGAGGCAGUACGAAGCUAGAAAAGCGGCAAUUCGGCAAAGAACGAGCCAUGGACGGAGUGAGGCUGAGCCCAUUGCUGAGAUGAGAUAUCUUCAUCUGGCGCAGGAAGAGGCUGAGCUUUACGAGGAGUUCAGGCUGAUAGAGGAGGAGAGAUUGCCCAAGAAGCAGCGAGUCGAGGACGAAGACGAAGAGGAAAUCGGCAGCCUCCCUGCUUCUCCCAGAAGCAUUAACGGAGACAGCGUGGCUGGCCCUACACAUCCCGGAGACGAUCAAGGAGACCAGCCGGCGUACAUCCCAUGGUAUCUGCCGCCGCUGCCUUCGAAGACGCCCGAUGCCCGUUCGCAAGAGCAAGUCAAGGAGGAGCAUGCGGAGGUCAUCCAGUCCGAGGCUAUGUCCAUCGAUGAGGGUGCACCUACUGCUGGCGCUGCCUCUGGCGAAAAUGCCGAAGUCAGCGCGACGACGGCUCCUCAGGCUACAUCAGCACCAGCAGCUAGACCAAACGAAGAGCAGGCCGACGCUUCCUCUUCGUAUUUCACACCACCGGUCCCCUACGCAUCAUCCUCUCUGUAUGCCAACGCAAGCGGCGCAGCCCUCGAUGGAGAACCUGUUGACGGUAGCACGGCUGCACAGCCGACCAUCGACAUAGAGACUGCAGCCUCCUCCUUGCCUUCCUUGGAACUCGACAAUGCCGGCCCAUCCUCCCAGCGCAGCUCCACCUCCUCUCUGCUCACCGCUCUCACCUCCCUCGCCCAGUCAGGGGAAAGCCCGGCUCUCCUUCCCAAGCCGUCGGCCACAUCUGCCAACAAGACACGACGACGCCUGGCCUCUCUCAUCUCUCAACCAAAUCGAUACGAGCCGAACGACGUCCUCUACUCUUCUCUCCCCUCCCGACCUUCAUGCAUGCCAUUCCUCCCCUCGCCCUCUCACCUGGUCACAUUGCCAGAGAGCGGGACAGGAGCACCGCGCUUCACCCCUACGAGGCCUAGGGGCAGGCCACUGAGCUUAGGCAGUGUAGGAGGGGAGUUGGGUGGCGCGAGUCACCCGGCGCUGGGGUACAGGCAGCCUAGAAUGGCGGCCGAAGUGGCGCGAUACCUGCUGGCGGGGGCGCCAGCUGUACCGCAGAGACCUGAGGGCGGAAGUAGCGGAGGGGAAGGGGCAGCACCUGCGGCUGUAGGCGCGGAUGGCUUGCCCCUCUCCACUGCCCCGUCGACCAAUCCAGACGGAGAAUCAACCCUCAACCCCUCGACCCUCUAUCGUUCCCUUCAUGUAUACGACCCUGCGCCCUUGCGUGACUCCGCGCAUGUAGAGCGGGUCUUCCGUGGUAAGACCACCAGAGGGGAUGCGGCGAAUGGUACAGGGGCAGAGGGGUGGUUGAAGGGGGCGCACGAUGCGCUGAAAGUAGCGACGGGGGUUGCUGGUGCGGGAGGAGGGGACGGACAAGUGGGCGCGCCCAAGAAGGGAGGGCCGGCUGGUACCGUCGUGUAUACGUGGGACUGGUUGGGACGCGAGCCUGCGGAUGGGACGCUGUUGCCGGCAAAGGAGGGUGCUGGGAACGGGGAUCAGACCAGUGCGCGAUCUACUGCUGUCGGACGAUGAAGCCGAAGCACAAUUCAUCCAGUCUUUCAGCCGCCAAAG